UUGCAAACAAAAUGAUAACACUACUCUUGAUAGUUCUAGUGUCGCUUUUAGUAGCGACAGUGUACUUGAAGGCUAAAUACAAUGAAGCCUAUUGGAAGAAACGAGGUGUCGCCUUCUACCCCAGAAGCAAGGCAUUCGGAAUAUUCUACGACUUUUUCAGCAGCAACAGGAGUCUUUACCAGAAUCUAGAAGAUGUCUACUACCGUUACCCAAAUGAGCCAGCCGUGGGAACGGGGUCGCUGUUCGCGCCCAACCUCAUUGUGACAGAUCCGACGAACAUACAGCAUAUCACAUCAACAGACUUCAACUCCUUCAUGGACCGAUCGAACGCGCCCAACGCUAGAGACAUACUGGCCAACAGCUUGAUUUUCCUCACUGGGAACAAAUGGAAACUGCUGAGGCAGAGCAUGACGCCGCUAUUCACAUCAGCGAAACUCAAGUCGAUGUACUACAUUAUGGACAAGAGCGCAAAAGACUUCGUGCCGUACAUUAAAAGUAAUCCAGAAUUGAAGAAGGGUAACGCUUUUAGCACGUUGUCAACAUUCUGCAGUGCUGCCAUCGGAGCAGCUGUGUUCGGCAUCACUACAGAAUCAGUAUUCGAUUCGCCCUUCUUGAAGAUGGCAAGGAAAGCAUCGCUCACUUCGACAUGGCAAAACAUUAAAGUGGCUAUACUUUUAACCAGCUCCUUCGUUACCAAUUUGUUUAAUUUGAAACUGUUUUCUGAGCACGAGAAUUUCUUCAUAAGUGCAGUCAAGCAGAUCAUCGGUGAACGAAAGAAGACGAACGUGAAAAGACACGACUUUGGGGACCUCUGCGUAACUUUACAAGAUAAAGGUGUUUUGAAAGACCAUGACACGGGUUUCGAAAUUGAACCUACUGACGAGGUGCUAUCGGCACAAGCCUUCUUUUUCUUUAAUGCCGGCGUGGAGCCAACUGCGACGACGAUGUUCAACGCUUUGGUCUUGCUUGGUCAAUGUCCAGAAGCACAGGAGCGAUUGUUGAAAGAGAUCGAUAAAGCAUUUGAGAAGACUCAGGGCAACAUUAGCUUUGACACAAUAUCAGAGAUGGAAUAUCUCGAUAUGGUUAUGAAUGAAUCCAUGAGGAUCUAUCCCGCCAUCGGUCUCCUGGGCAGACGGUGCGUUAAAGACACAACCUUGCCGGUAGGAAACAUUAGAGUCGAUAAGGGAACGUCGAUUUUCAUCCCGUUGUUCGCUUUGCAUCGCGACGAAAGACACUAUCCGGAACCUGAAGUGUUCAGGCCGGAGAGAUUUUCAAAAGAAAAUAAAAAUCCUAUCAUCGAGAAAACUUUCAUGCCCUUUGGUAAGGGCAACAGAGUUUGCAUCGGCCAAAGAUUCGCCCAGGUCCAAGCCAAAGCUGGCAUUGUCCAUUUGCUGAGGAACUUCCGAGUGAAUACAGUGAACGCACCUGGCAAAAAUAUAUCUUUUAGAAAAGAUAUAGUCGCUUUGAGACUGACCAAUGUAGAUCUGGAAUUUAUCGAUCGAUAAGUGAAAAGUGAUAAAGACAAACUAACUAGAUUUUGAUAUUUACUCGUAUUGGACGCUGUUAAGCAUUCGUGUACUAACCUACAAAAAAGUUACGUAUUGAGUUAUGAAUAUAGUUAUGUUGUUUAGAUGAUUUAGGACAAGACUGCAUUCAAUAUUUAACAACAAAAAAAUUGUGGGUUAGG